AUGGUAGGCAUUGCUCUUGUUGGAGCAUCAAGCGAAGAGGAUGAUGACGACGAGGUAGCAAUGGGAACGAUGUUUUUAGAAUCUUAUGGUUACAUGAAGAAACACGAUCCGAACCAUUUAGUCACAAGGGAAGAGUUACGUCCUUAUGUCGCUAGGAUGCAGUCCUUCUACAAAAUUCCCGUCACAUCGGAGCUCGAUACCGGAACGAUAGCGGCCAUGAAACGACCACGAUGCGGGGUUAGUGACAUCAGAACGACCGAAACCGAAUUGAAUGGAGAGCCUGGGACUCUGUACAGCGGUAACUCCAAAUACAGCCUGUUCGUCAAUGCAAAGAGGAAGAAAAGAUUUGUUUUAUCGGGAGCAAGCUGGGGAAGAACUACCAUCACAUUCACAUUUGAUAACUACACACCCGACCUUCCAAUGGGACUUGUACGGAGGGAGGUUCUAAGAGGACUCAAAGUGUGGAGUGACGUCACACCAUUAAAGUUUCGAGAGCUCCGUUAUGGUCAAGGUGAGCCGGACAUCCAUAUUCUGUUCGCCACACAGGAACACAAUGACGAAUACCCUUUCGAUGGCAAGGGAGGAACACUCGCACACGCCUUCUAUCCUGGUCCUGGUCUUGGCGGUGAUGCACAUUUCGAUGAGGAUGAAAGAUUUACUGCAGGAACACCAGAUGGAACAAAUUUAUUUUUCGUGGCAGCUCACGAACUCGGACACAGCUUAGGGUUAGGCCAUUCAGACGUAGAGGGUUCGCUGAUGGCGCCCUACUACCAAGGAUAUCAACCUAAUUUCAGAUUGCACGAGGAUGACAUGAUGGCUAUCCAGGAAGUUUACGGUCCCAACCCUAACCCACCAAGACCGACACAAGGAUACUAUACCCAACCACCAAUGGCAACAUAUUACCCUAGUUAUGGUGGAGGAGGUGGUGGCGGUGGAGGUGGAGGUGGUGGUGGUGGUGGUGGAGGUGGUGGUGGAGGUGGAGGUGGAGGUUCUAAUUACUGUACAAUGAACUUUGAUGCCUUAGCAAAUCUACGAAGCGAAUUGUAUGCAUUUUCGGGUAAUUUAUUGUGGCGUUUCCGCAACAGUCAGUUACAACAGGGUUAUCCAGUACGUAUAUCAGCGUUUUUCAGAAACGCACCAAGUAAUGUUGAUGCAGUAUUUGACAAGCCUGGAGGCACAACAGUCAUUAUAAAAGGUUCACGAUAUUGGGAAUACAGCGGCGUAAACCUCAAGCCAGGUUUCCCGCGUUCUCUGGGUCGUAUGGGUCUCUCUAAUGGUGUCAAUGCAGCAUUCACCUGGCCUCAGGAUAGGAUGAUUUACAUAUUCGCAGGAGAGGAGUAUUGGGGCAUGUACAACUACAAAUCGAGAGUAGACAACAAUGAAUAUCCACGGAAUGUUCUUGAGGAUAUACCUGGACUACCUCUUGGGUUUACCUCUGCAUUUUCAUCGAGAUCUGCUUCUUAUUUUGUACGAGGUUCUCAGUACUGGCGUUACGACCAUAACUCCGGGGCUUUAAGUCCUGGUUUUCCUCGCAAUUUUCACAACGACUGGCUCGGCUGUGGAAAACCACAACUACUUGGAAAGAGUGCCGCUUCCAAAUCAGACGGAGAGGGCGUUAGUCACGCGCAGGUUCUCAACUUUCAUCCAAUGCCGAUCGCGCUUUCAGUUCUGACGGCAAUGUUAUCACAGAUUGUUGUACUGAAUUUUCAACAUAUAUGACGUCGUCUACUAAAAAGUCUCUUCGAAUAAAGCUUUCAGAAUGAGAAGGAUUAAUAUUAUUGACUGUCUAAAUAUACUGUAUCUGGAGCCGUGAAAAUCAUAUAAUCGUCGAAAAAGGCCAGAUAAUAAUAUGUUAUUAGGGAUUCAUUGGACGAUGAUUGACCCAGCUAACUUUUUUUUUCACACACAAUAAUGACAAUGCAAAAUUCAAGGUUCAAAUAUUCACAACGCUUUUUUUUUUAAGAUACUGAUACUCUUGAUUUUCUUUUAUUUGCCAUUCUAAAUACUGAUUUUAGAUGCGACUCUCUUGGAAGGAAAUGGAUAUUUCUCUGUGGAAUUUAAGUGGUAUAUUAAAUCAAUAUAAUAUUUAUUUGGUGAAACUCCUUUAGUAUAAAUGUGACGAAGACGAAUACAUUUUCUUUAUUUAAAAAUCUGUUUCAAUCAUAUUAAAACCACAUUUCAAAAAAAUUGUAUAUUUGUUGUGUAGGUGCAGUUAUUGCUAAAGAUAUUUAGAAUGAAUAAACAGACGCAUUAAAAUAAUUAAGUCGUAUUUUUCUUAAAUCAUCAGUUUAUAAAACCACCUAUGUGUAAUAUCAUGACUUACUAUACUUCGCACUUUACAACUGAAUGCAUUUCAUUAAAAUUCAUGUGAUACGCUUGCAAUUCAUUUAUGACAGUACUUCAAUAUGAGAGAUCAAAAUUAUAUUACGGAAUUGUCAAUAGACAUUUCAUUAACAAGUUAGUGUGUCAACAAUAUUUAUCUAACUUUUUUUGAAAUUGUAAAUAUCAUUUUCACAUCACGAAUGACAUAGUAAUAUGAUAAAAAUAAGUGCAACCACCCUGCUAACAGUCUAAAACACUGUUAAAGGGUAUAUUACAACGAUGGUGGGAUUAAAACUUGUGUGAUGCAUUUUAAAAAUAUAAAAUGCCUAUGUGUGUCUUAAUUUGUAUAAAAGAAUUGUAUACAUUUUUGUCUUUCAAGAAGCUUAAUUAAAAUGUGUUUAUGCACCAU